AAGGGCAAAGAAAAACCUUCCUCUUCCGGGUUAACCAAACUGAAACCCGAAAAAACGCUAAAAAAUGAAAUGAAAAUAAUAAUAAAAAUAUAAAAAAAAAUAAUCGAACAAACACAUCACUCUCUCUUCUCACGACACAAACAGAGAGAGAGAGAGAGGAGCGAAGCCAAGUGUGUAACGUCUAUAUAGAAUAAAUCAAUUUUCUCUCAAAUCCAGAUCAAACCCUAAAAAAAUUCAACCUAAAUCCAUUUCUCUCAUUUCUUCAUAAUCAGAUCCAUUUAUCGAUUGUCGUUUUUGUAGUUAUACAGGAGUGAAUUAUGGCGUCUAUUAAGUCUGUAAAUAGAUCGGCGUCGGUGGCGUUAGCCCCGGACUCGCCCUACAUGGCGGCGGGGACGAUGGCGGGGGCAGUGGAUCUGUCCUUUAGUUCGUCUGCGAGUCUUGAAAUCUUUAAGCUUGAUUUCCAAUCGGAGGAUCAUGAUCUCCCUGUUGUUGGUGAGUGUCAGAGUUCUGAGAGAUUUAAUCGUCUCGCCUGGGGUAGGAAUGGAUCCGGCUCUGAUGCUUAUGGUCUUGGACUUAUUGCUGGUGGUCUUGUUGAUGGCAACAUUGAUAUUUGGAAUCCUUUGUCCCUGAUAAGUUCUGAGUCAAGUGAAAGUGCUCUUGUUAGUCAUCUUUCACAACACAAAGGACCUGUUCGUGGCCUUGAAUUUAACUCCAUCAACCCUAACUUACUUGCAUCUGGUGCUGAUGACGGUGAAAUCUGCAUAUGGGAUUUGGCUGCACCUGCAGAACCUUCACAUUUUCCACCUCUCAAAGGUACUGGUUCUGCUGCCCAAGGAGAAAUUUCUUAUGUGUCUUGGAAUUGCAGAGUUCAACAUAUAUUAGCAUCCACUUCUUCCAAUGGAAUAACUGUGGUUUGGGACCUAAAGAAGCAGAAACCAGCGAUUUCUUUUGGAGAUUCAAUUAGAAGGCGGUGCUCUGUUUUGCAGUGGCAUCCUGAUGUUGCCACUCAGCUUGUUGUGGCGUCAGAUGAAGAUAGCUCUCCUUCUCUGCGGCUUUGGGAUAUGCGAAACAUAAUUGAACCUGUGAAGGAGUUUGUGGGACACACAAAAGGUGUAAUUGGAAUGUCAUGGUGUCCCAAUGACAGCUCAUAUUUGCUUACCUGCGCUAAAGAUAACCGAACAAUCUGCUGGAACACAGUAACGGGAGAGAUUGCCUGUGAAUUACCGGCUGGCACCAACUGGAAUUUUGAUGUUCACUGGUAUCCCAAGAUGCCCGGAGUUAUAUCAGCAUCUUCUUUUGAUGGAAAGAUUGGCAUUUACAACAUUGAGGGUUGCAGUCGAUAUAUUGCCGGGGAGAGUGAUUUUGGAAGAGGAAAAUUAAGAGCUCCAAAAUGGUGUAAGCGUUCCGUUGGGGUUUCUUUUGGCUUUGGAGGAAAGUUAGUAUCGUUUCGCCCUAGGUCAUCUGCUGGUGGUGCUUCCGAGGUUUUUUUGCAUAACUUAGUUACAGAAGACAGUUUGGUGAGUCGGUCAUCUGAAUUUGAAAGUGCCAUACAAAAUGGGGAGAAGUCAUUGUUGAAGGCUUUAUGUGAUAAAAAAUCUCAAGAGUCUGAGUCAGAGGACGAUCGAGAAACUUGGGGUUUCUUGAAGGUUAUGUUUGAAGAAGAUGGAACUGCAAGAACUAGGAUGCUCUCCCACCUUGGUUUUAGCGUACCAGUUGAAGAAAAAGAUGCUAUACUGGAGGACAAUCUCACCCAGGAAAUAAAUGCCAUUCGGCUUGAUGAUACGCCAGCCGAUGAAAUGGGAUACGAGAAUAAUCAAGAGGCAACCAUAUUCUCUGCUGAUGACGGGGAAGACUUUUUUAACAACCUUCCAAGUCCCAAAGCUGAUACUUCUUUGGUACCUUCUGGUGAUAAUGUUGGUCUUGAGAAAUCUGCUCCUAGCGCAGAAGAAAUAUCAAAAGAAACAGAGACACCUGAGGAGAGUGCAGACCCAUCAUUUGAUGAUUGUAUACAGCGUGCUUUGGUUCUGGGAGACUACAAAGAGGCUGUUGCACAGUGCAUAUCGGCAAAUAAAAUGGCUGAUGCUUUAGUUAUUGCUCAUGUUGGUGGCACUUCAUUGUGGGAGAAGACACGUGACCAAUAUCUUAAAUUGAGCUCUUCACCUUACUUGAAGAUUGUUUCUGCAAUGGUCAACAAUGAUCUAAUGACCCUUGUAAACUCCAGGUCACUCAAAUACUGGAAAGAAACUCUUGCACUCCUUUGUACAUUCGCACCAAGUGAGGAAUGGAGUAUGCUAUGCAAUUCACUUGCUUCAAAAUUAAUGGCUGCUGGUAAUACAUUGGCGGCAACUCUUUGUUAUAUCUGUGCGGGCAAUAUUGACAAAACAGUUGAAAUUUGGUCAAGGCGUCUAGCAGUCGAGAGUGAAGGGAAAUCAUACAUUGAUCUUCUUCAGGAUUUGAUGGAGAAGACUAUUGUCCUUGCUCUGGCAAGUGGUCAAAAGCAAUUUAGUGCCUCUUUGUGCAAGCUUGUUGAGAAGUAUGCUGAAAUUUUAGCCAGCCAGGGCCUUUUAACAACAGCGCUGGAGUACUUGAAGCUUUUAGGGUCUGAUGAAUUGUCUCCUGAACUUACAAUCUUAAGAGACCGUAUUGCUCUCUCCACAGAAACUGAAAAAGAAGCUAAGGCUCCAGCUUUUGAGAACAGCCAACAGCAAGUUGGAUCCGUUUAUGGUGCCCAACAGUCUGGUUUUGGUGUGGCUGAUGCCUCUCAUUCUUAUUAUCAGGGAGCAGUAGCUCAACAAAUGCAUCAGAGUGUUCCUGGCAGUCCAUACAGUGAAAAUUAUCAGCAACCUAUUGACUCUUCAUAUGGAAGAGGAUAUGGUGCUCCUACUCCCUAUCAGCCUGCACCACAGCCCCAAAUGUUUGUUCCAACUCCUGCUCCUCCGACACCUCAGCCAAGUUUUGCUCCACCUGCACCUCAUGCUGGUACUCAACAAGCCACCAGGACUUUCGUUCCAGCAAAUGUUCCCAGUCUAAGAAAUGCGCAACAGUAUCAGCAACCCACAUUGGGUUCUCAUUUGUAUCCAGGAACUGCUACUUCUGCUUAUAAUCCUGUACAACCCCCAACUAGUUCUCAAGGACCUAUUACAUCUCAGGUGGGUGCAAUUCCUGGCCAUGGAAUUCCACAAGCUGCUGCUCCUGGCGCUAUGCCAAUGGGAUUUAGGCCUGUACAUGCAGGGGUUGCUCAAAGACCUGGAAUUGGUUUGAUGCAGCCGCCUAGUCCUACUCAGUCUGCACCAGUCCAACCAGCUGUGGCUCCUGCUGCUCCACCACCAACUGUGCAAACAGUCGAUACAUCAAAUGUGCCUGCUCACCAUAAACCAGUCAUUGUAACUUUGACAAGACUGUUUAACGAGACAUCAGAAGCUUUGGGUGGUGCCCGUGCAAAUCCAGCCAGGAGGCGUGAAAUUGAAGAUAAUUCAAGGAAAAUAGGUGCCUUGUUUGCCAAACUCAACAGUGGGGAUAUAUCAAAAAAUGCUUCUGAUAAGCUUGUUCAGCUAUGCCAGGCAUUGGACAGGAAUGAUUUUAGCUCAGCUCUACAGAUCCAGGUGCUUCUUACCACAAGUGAGUGGGACGAAUGCAACUUCUGGCUAGCAACGCUCAAAAGAAUGAUCAAGGCAAGGCAGGGAGCUGGUGUGAGAUCAAGUUAAAACACAAUUUAAAACUAUAUGAUCUCUACUUGAUAUUUCUCUUUUGACAUGUGCUGGAGCUCAUUUAUCUGGCUGUCUUCUUCAAUGUACACAAAAGCUACUUCUCUAGACAGAACUCUAGGGUUUUGGAUUUUUGCCCCACAUCGUUGUUACAAGAUUUCAACACUCAACAGUAAUGCUUUUUCUACCGUGAGUCAGUGAGGAUAGUUUUCAGGACAUUAAUGAUAUUGCCUCUUUUUUCUUCCUUUUUCUUUUUAAUCUCUUGACAUUUGUCUGUAGUAUUGGGAAAUAGAGUUUUGGUUUUAGCAUCUACUGCUGUCACCAUCAGUUGUAUCUCUCCCUCAUGAUAUGAUCAUUUGUUUGAGCAAUGGAGCUUCUAAUAACGUGAUUGUUAAUGAA